CGCAGCUCAAAUUCUGGAGGACCCACAAUGACUUCAGCCCGGGGAGGCAUCCUCAAUGAGAAGGAGCCUGAGCUUAACCACAUCCCACUCACUCACCACGAUCUCUCGUACCCCGGGUGAACUCUCAGAUUUCACCAUAGUACCAACACAAAGUCUCACUUUGGUUUCCUAAAUUCAAUAAUUUUUAACCACGCAUUAUCUUCGGCUUUGUCCUUCAAGUCUUACCACCGACUCUACCUUCCCGUUCACCAUCACGAAUCAACAAGAUGAACGCGCCUGAUCGUUUCGAGCUCUUCCUGCUCGGUGAUGGCGAGAAGAAGAUCGAGGAGAAGGUCUUCUCCGGAAUGUCCAACACCUCGGACUUCGUCAUCAAGAAGGAGGACCACACCCUCGGCAACCUCUUGUCUGAGCACCUCAAGAUGCAUAAGCACGUCCUGAUGGCGGGUUACAAGAUCGCGCAUCCAAACGUCCCCGAGAUGUUCAUCCGAGUCCAGACAGACGGCUCGAUCACCGCCAAGGAGGCCUUGGUAGAAGUCAUUAAGAAGCUCAUGCAGGACUUGUCGCACCUCAGUCGCGAGUUCACUCGAGAGUUCGAGCUUC